UGACUUCAUUUCCCACACACCACAAAGAUUCAUCUCACUUCUCAUCCAACGUAUUUCUCUUAGAAAGAUGUCGAUUCAUCUUGUCGGUAUAAUGUCACAUACAGUGCUAUCGGUCUUUACAUUAUCAUCGUCCAAAAAACCAAGUCGCCACUCUUCGGGACAGCGUAUUCCUUGGACGCAGAAAGUCGCCAACCUCCUUUACUCCGUACAUCGUUGCGCCUUGCAUGUCAGGUAGGAUGAUCGAGUGAGACACAUUCUUUACAUUUCUAUUUUUGAGACCUCCGGACUUUGGUGUAUGCAUAUCCUGGUUGUCAGCGCCACUUGGAGCAAAAGGUAAGGUACAGUUUCAACAGGAGUAUGCAAAUCACAACAAGACUGUCACAACGAGAAUGUGCCACCCUCGAAACUUGGGACACCCUUGCUGCUCCCCAUUCUCUGGCAUGAACAAUGUUAUUGUCAUGUCACUGCAAUUGUUGUUUCGCCAAGCGACGAACCCUCCCUUGCGUUCGAUAUGAGACAACUCCUCUACACCUUCUUCGCUCCUGGCCGACUGCAACUGGUACGGACGUCUUGUUCAGGUUGGAAUUCCCUUCAAGGGACCUACGAAACAUUGCCAUGAGAGAUCUCAAGAUCAAAAUUACUCUGAAUCACUCCUCGGCAGGUGGUCACGGCGUUGGCAAGGUACGUUUGGUAUAUAUCUACGGGCAGGCUACUGCUGAAUAUCCGGAUCAUCUCGUUGUUUAUUUACUUCUCAAUCCACUCGCUCUUGUUGAAGUCUUGAUUCGUCUUUUCACUCCAGUCAUUCGUUUGGUCUUUUGCAAAGAUGCGUUCUACACUCGUUUCCUCGGCCCUGGUCGUGGGUUUGGCCAGCUUCAUUUCCACCUCUGCCGCAAACCCUUACGAAGUCGACGAAGUCGAUGAGAUUGACUCCACGAACCCUUUCCCCUGGGCCGAAUGGGCUGACUGGUCCGAUUGGGGUGACGACGGUGAAGGGUCCGACAUUACAACGACGGCUUCCACGGUGUCUAC